GACAUGUUUUAAUGACAACUCGUGAUAUGUAAGUAAGUACCUACAUAAAGAAUAAAGAUCAUUUAAUUCAGCAAAGGUUACAGAUAUACCAGGGGUUUCCGCACUAGGCAAUGCCUGUAUCGCGGGGAACCAAAUUACAUAUCACAAGAUGUAAUUAAAACAUGUCGAAUUUAACUCGAUAGCGUCGGCAGUCAGUAGGAUGAAGGUCGGAUAGGCUGUCCUAUCACAAGAAGCUGGAAAGUUUAGACGCUUAUAGAGCCAUGUCGUAAAGAGAUAUGACUUUACAGUAUAAAUAAGUGCCGCAACACCUAUCCAAAAACCGGCGACGGGUUGGAAAUUACCAAAAAUUACGAUGUUAAUAUCAGAAAAGAUUUGAAAGCCGCAGCACAUACCUACGGAAAGGACAACUUAGAACAAAAACGUCUGAUGCAACCCAUUAGGCAUACAGUCUCGACCCCAAAUAGAUGGGACACAGGAACGGGAAAAGAUUAGGUGACAAGCUGUUCAAAGCAAUGUGGAAAUAUGCCCCAACCCAAUUCUCUUCUCAGGUACUUAUGGAUUCUAAACGCGUCCCUCAUCCCAUUAAUGCUAGUAGAGGCGCUCAUUCGACGAGUACGGAGGCAGAAUAUUUUAACUCACUCUUACACUGAAUAAGAGUCAGCUUCAUCCUAUCAAGUCAGCAAAGAAACUUAAAGAAGCAUAUCCAACAAAUAUUAACUCAGCAUCUAUUGCAGCUACCAAGGCACCCUCAACCAUAUAUGUGUCUGAAUAUCCAUUUUAGGGUUAACACAGACGGAUCGCCACUUAAAUAUAUGGACACUGCGCGAUAUGUUUGCAACUCUGCACGCGAAUCGCCGAUUUCCACUCAAGUUGCAGCUUCAAUGCAACGUCCCACGAAAAAUGGUUUCCGUCCUUAACAACAUGCCUGUCUUCAUUCUUCCGAUUGAUACCUAAUCUUCAUCAAAAUACCCUACUACACCAUGCUCUAAGUUCUAAGUAUUUGCAUAGUAAUUGACAGUGAAGCAAAAGCGGGUGCAGUUUGAUGAAAUUCUUCAAUACUGGGUUGAAUUUCAAGUGAAAUGAGUCGCCUACUUCCAAAAAUAGACGGUUAAUCAUUUCAAAUACCUAUCAUCAUCAUCAUAUGUAGGUUUACCUUAAUAAAAAUUAAAAUCUAGAAAAAAAGUCUAGUUAAUGAUUUAAAAUUGAGGCGUGAGGCGGGCGGGCGGGCGGCCGGCCGGCGGCGACCCCGCGCAGGCGCGCCGCGUGCAGCCUCCGCUCUCACCCUCAUCUUCAGUGCAACCACACUUCCCUACCGCGCGCCCGCGGUCUUCCUCGCGCGACUCAUAUUAUGCACUGAACUGCAACUUACGUCAUCUUACAGAAACAAUAGACAAUCACUAAUGACAAACAUGACAACACAAUGCGAGAUGGACACCGCUAAACCUACAAUAUGUUUUUGUUUUUAUGAACCCGUACGUGUAAAGUGGUGAAUCAUUUCUUGAUCAGGUGAGAGCAUGACGUCACUUCAACCGUCAUGUUUGGGCGGGAAACGCUUGCGGUGUCUAUUCCUGGUGGCCGUGGUGUUCGGCGUCACCUUCAUGACGAUGACGCUCUACCGCGAGCCCGAGUUCGUGUCCCUCGACGGCGAGCUGCUCCGCCCCGCCCACUACUACCAUCUCCACUCCGACAGCCGGUUCACCAUCAAUACCAACGGCUGCACGAUACCUGCGCUGCGCCCAUUCGACGACAGCAUCAAGAAAUUUAUUGAACCCCCGAGGCACUUAAAAAAAUGUCAGCAUAUGCACACUUCCCUCCUAGCUAACAACGCUACGCACAUAUGGAUCAACAAGAAUAACUUACACCACUAUAACUUGUCUAAGGAUUUCAAUAUUUCGUGCUGCUACAAGGCCUUCUACCGACCCAACGCGAUCGCGGACAUCACGUCGUACCACGUCGACGACCGCGUCAAGUACCACGAGUGUAUCGAGUUCCUUGAUGUAAUAGAAGCGCUGGAUGAAUUUGUUAGAGUGUCUUGUUAUGACAACAUGGUUGAAAAGGAUUCCCUUAUAUUUGAGGAUUUUUUCAUAUUUGCGCCAAAGAAAGUCUUGAUAUCGGAUAAUAUAAACAACGUUACGCAAAAUCAAUCAGCAUAUAACGUGAUCAUUUUAGGCAUUGAUUCAGUAUCGAGAUUGAAUUUCUACAGAACAAUGCCAAGGACAUUAGAGUUCCUUAGGAAUAAAGGAGCAAUUGAAUUAUUUGGCUAUAAUAAAAUUGGUGACAAUACUUUUCCAAACCUCGCCGCGAUGCUACUGGGUGUCAAAGACACGGAGUUAAAACGGAUGUGUUGGCCAAGUCCAAGACAUACUUUCGACAACUGUCCGUUCGUUUGGGACUGGUACAAGGAGAAUGGGUUCUACACGGCGUUCGGCGAGGACAGCGCCUACCUCGGCACCUUCAACUUCGUGCGGCACGGCUUCGCCGCCACGCCCACCGACUACUACCUGCACACCUUCAUACGCGAGGCCGAGAUGCACGUAGGGAAUAACAAAGAUUUCAAUUCUUACAUAUGCAUGGGAAAGAAGUACGCAUAUAAGGUUUUAUUAGAUUAUGUUGAAAGCCUAACGAGAACUCUGCGGUCUUCCAAAUUAUUUGGAUUUUUUUGGGAAGUGACUAUGAGCCACGAUUAUUUAAACAACCCGAAAUCUAUGGAUAUUAAUUAUGAAAACUUUUUAAAGAAGCUUGAUGAAUCUAAAUAUUUAGAUGAUACUGUUAUUAUCAUGUUAAGUGACCAUGGUAUAAGAUGGGGUAAUUUCAGGUUAACGAAACAAGGCCGGCUAGAGGAACGUUUGCCGUUCGUGCAUAUCCUACUGCCUCCAUCCUUCCAAAGGAAUUAUAGUAUGGCAUAUCAUAAUAUACAACUUAAUAGUAAGCAUUUGACAACACCAUUUGAUAUGUUUGCAACGAUAUCGGACUUAGCAAACCUAGAGUCUAUUAGAAAUGAGAAAAUUUCGGCUAGAAAUAAACAGAAUUAUGCGGAUAACCGAAGUAUAAGCCUAUUCCUGCCUAUACCAAAAAAUCGGACGUGCAAGACGGCCGGAAUAGAUGACCACUGGUGUACGUGUCACAAAGACCGGUCGCUGUCCAUAGAAAGCGAUGAAGCGAAGGAUGCUGCACAGUUUAUAGUGACGCAUAUAAACGAGUUGCUAAUUGGACAUUCUGAAUGCGCGCGUUUGUCGCUGGCUAACAUAGUGGACGUGCGAGAGAUGGAGGCGGGCACGCCGGCGAUGGACGAAGAGGGAUGGCGGGAGUUGCUGGUGCUGGUGCGGACGGCGCCCGGCGGCGGCGUGUUCGAGGCCACGCUCCGGCGCAGCGUACGCGGCUCCGGCGCCUACACCACCACCGAGGACGCCGCCGCCGACUGGUCGCUCGCCGGAUCCGUGAGCAGACUCAACCUCUACGGCGACCAGAGCCGCUGCGUUAACAGUUACAUACUAAAACUAUAUUGUGUUUGCUUGACAGAAACUGUUACGUUUUAGCAGAAAAUGUAAGUGCUGUGAUAUUAUUAGUAGUAUGCUAAAUGUUCAUUCCAUAUAACAUUAGAAAAAUGUUGUAUCCUAUUAGAUACCAUAGGAAAUCAAAUAUGGCACCUAGGUAAAUACCUACCUAAUUUAGAUUUGAUGAUACUAAAAUAGAUUUUUAAUAAGGGUUCCUACUUGAUUACGGAACCCUAAAAUUGUGACUUCCUCUACAAUCUACGGUUUAAUUAAUUUUGAGUAGUUCACAUACUCAUAUGCUUACCCGUACUUUUCAUUGAAUAAUUUAAUAAAUUAAAUUGUAGACGAAUAAAGGCUCAAUCAGGACUUCAAAUUAUGUAGGUGUCUAGUCUAUAUGAAUGGUAUGUCGGCAGCGAUCGUAAAGUUCCUGUGUAUUAUUUUGACGGUAGUCACAUUAAACCAAUGUAUAGGUAGGUAUAGGGUAUAGGUUCGUUAGGUUGCUUCAGAUGCCCGAAGGGCAAACUAUCCAGAAAUAACUCCACAAAUAACUCGGGGAACGAGACAAUGAUUUUCAUCUGGCGGAUUUUACGAUUAGCCGGAGACAUAUACAUAUAGGUAUCAUUUUGAAAUUGAUAUGUAACUACCAUGACCCGGUAGCUGUGCGCAUGUGCAUGUGCUUUAGUUUCUGUUCAAAAUAAUAUAUAUGAUAUUAGGUACUACGACGAAUAGGUACGACGACGAAAGUUUACAUAUUCACAUCAUCUAUCUUAAAUUAAUAAUUUAAUACUCUAAUUAAGUACAGUGAAGGUCAUAAAUAUGUGUAUUGUUAUGAAAUAGUCACCUGAUAUUAAAUGCAAGCUAAUGUACCUACCUAUUAAGUAGGUAUAGUUACUUACUAAUUAAUAGUCGCUUAAGUAUAUAUCUUGGUACCUAUGUACACGAAGAUACUUAUGUCCGUUUCAUCUAAAUGCAGGUUUAAACCAUACCGAAAUAAAUGUGGCUUUCCGUCAGGGAAGUGCUGUCCUUGUGCUUCAGGGGCAAAAGGUCCUUAUUGCACUACAAGCAAAAGGAAAGCAAAUGGAAAGCCACAAAUAUCCAGUCCACAGGAUAAAUAAAAUUGCAGUAAAUUACAAUCUACUUUUAAGUAAAUUUUGCUGAUGUUUCUUGACGCUCGAAUUGGGAUGCGUGAGUAGGUAUAGGUACUUACCUACUUAACUUUUCCGUUUAAGAAACUUAUUAUUUAAGACUGUAAUUUCACAUAUCAAAAUUAUAUCAAACACUUAGUACUUAUCCAAUAAGCGUAUGCGUCUUUGCUCUAAAGUCUAAACCACACAAUUAUGCGAGCGCGAAGAUUAUUGGAAUUAAUACUAAAUUGGUGUUCAUUUUUGUUUCGGAGUAAGAUUUAUUUAUGAUGUAGCUUACAUUUGUAAAUUGUACCUAAUCUUUGAAUUAUACAUAUACUUGAAUAUGCGUUAGCAUGCUGCUAUGAAGAAUUUUUCUGCAUAUCAUGGAAAAUAGAAAUUAAUUCGCGCUACGAGCUGCUACGCAACGGAGCCUCGGGAUUCAGGGGGUUGGUGCGCAGCAUAUCCGUUCCUGUAACAUUAGCAAUGGGAGUAUGUCAUAAUAGAUAAUUAUUGACUUUUUAUAGGUUUAGAUAAUUAUAGGUUUAUGUGUGAUUGCUGCACUUUUUUUAAAUAAUAGUAAUAAUACUAUCUUACAAAUACGUGAAAGUAGAGCCAAGGAUUAUUAUUAUUAUUUGUAUCUCCGUUACAAAUUAUUAUUAUUAUUAUUGAAUUACCUACUUUGGCUUAAGUAUUUUCCAAAAUGAAUAGACAGAAUAAUAUAUGACAAAUAAGGUUUAUUUAUAUUAGAUAUUAAGUGUUAAGUGCUAAUGGCUGAUCUUUAGAAGCUAUGGCCAUUAAAUCUAGUGCUAUUUGGAAUGAACUAUCAGUAUUGCCUAGUUUAAGUGCAUUCUUAAAACAAUCUAUUUUUGCUCAAAGGUUCUAUUUCUUCAAUGUGAAUAGGGUACCUACAUAAACAAGGCUAGGAAGGAUUUCUUAAUCUCUUGAUAAUUAAUUGAUAAUCGGAUGUCCCAAAGUUCCGUGAAUUUUGUAAUACAUUGAAUAUAUACGUACCUACCAUUAAUCUGCACGUGGUUUUUUGUUUAAGUGGGUACCUACAUUAUUUUAAAAUUCGUUUGAAUAGAUACAGCCACGUAUUGUAAAACCAUUAUAAAUGGUAUCAUCAAGUCAACAUCAUGUUGGUACAAAAACCUAAUAAUUAUCCUAAGUCUAAAUAUUAACACUAAUGUUUAUGACAAUGUAUAAGUAUGUUAUUGUAAAUCCAUCUCUGGAUCAUCCUUGAAUUAUGUAGGUAUCUUACAGUACAAUAUGGUGCUACUUUACUGCACUAGUGCGAUAAUUAGCACUUUAAAAUCUUGUACGAUACACAUGCGAAUAGGUAAUUCGCAACUCGUAUCGAUUUAAAACACCCCUCUCAGUCGUGUUUUAAUUUAUCGCCACUCGCUGCGAAAUUCCUACUUUUUGCACUUGUAUCGUAAUGUAGGUACCUAUAGGUACCUACUAUUCUUCGAGACCAACUUGGAGCACCGAGCACCCUAUUUUUUACGUGGUGUGUGCGUAUGGUAAUGUGGGAAUCUGGUAUUGCAACCCACUAAGUCUUCCAGAAAAGAUAUUUCAUAAUAGACGUAAUUAACGGCUUUUAAUCUCCCAUUAAAACUUAUUUAAGUAGUGCUCUUGUCGUGUUUUUGGGAAUUAUGCGUCCCGUAGAAAGGCCUACUCUAUGAAAUAUUAGUAAUCUAGGUAUUCUAAAUAACGAGUCUAUAUCUAUCGACACAUAUCUCAUUCCCAUGUAUAAAUAUAUUGGGGUUUAAUAGUACUUAAGUUAUAUGUGUUGCCAUGGUUUAUGAGUUAAGUAGAGCAGUGGUGGCCGAGUGGAUAUGACGUCUGACUUUCAAUCCGGAGGUCGCGGGUUCAAAUCCUGGCUCGUACCAAUGAGUUUUUCGAAACUUAUGUACGAAAUAUCAUUUGAUAUUUACCACUAGCUUUUCGGUGAAGGAAAACAUCGUGAGGAAACCUGCAUACAUAGCUGCGAAGAAAUUCAAAGGUGUAUGUGAAGUCCCCAAUCCGCAUUGGGCUAGCGUGGGGACUAUAGCCCAAGCCCUCUCGCGCAUGAGAGGAGGCCUGUGCCCAGCAGUGGGACGUAUAUGGCUGAGAUGAUGAUGAUGAUGAGUUAAGUUAAGAAAGAAUAAGGGAGAUAGCUGGGUCAGUAUUAAUUUGUAUGUGUAAGACCUAGCUAUAGCGGUACCUACAUAAUAGGCCUGUUGCAAGUAACAAAGAAUCACGGAAAUAAUUGUUUCAAAGAAACAUAUAUGUUAAUAUGAUUCUAAAAAAUGGCCCAAUCUCAGUAUAAACUGAAGGAUUAUUAAUAUAUUCAAUAAAAUAAAACUGCAAAAUUCUCCAAUCGGCCAUUAUUAUUGAAACGCCAAUCAGAAGCGUUCCAAACAGUGACGUCAUCAAUCCAUAACAUAUUUCUUAGAGCAACAUAGACAACCUCAUUGACCGAAAUCCAUACGUUCUCACCAAAGAGUUCGAAGGUGCAAAUAAUGUUAUUUCACCACCAAACAUUUAUUACGUCCAAAAAAUAUUAUUACACGAUAUAAAGGAGAUAUCUAUUUGUUAUUAUCUAAAUAAAAUGCGAAAUAAUACGAUAUUUCACCAACAAACUUUUUUAAUUAUUUGGCUGAAUGGAACUAUCAUUGCCAUGUUGGCUGUCGUAACUAGAAAAAAUGAAAAAUUAAAAAGUAAAACCUUUUCACUCAAAAUUUACAUGUAUCUAAAUAAUUAAUUUUAAAUUGCAACCGUGUGAGAGUUAUUGUGUAAAAUGAGUUAUUGUGAUACAUUUUUGUAAUGUAUAUAUCACCCCUAAUCGUAAUAUAUGGUGCUGAAUUAACAAUAUCAUUCGGAUUCAAGGGAAAUUCGUAACUGUAAGUAUGUAAACAAUGUCUACCACCAUACCACCAACUAAAUGGUGACGUCACAAAUGUCGUGCGAGGCGUUUUCGCGCGAGUUUUAAACUAGCUAUAAUAAAAUGCAAUUAUUUAUGUUAAAUCUUAUGAAUAUAGCUGAAAUAUUGUGUUUUUCGGAACCAAUACAAGUGUACCGACAAUAAUAAAAGGGAUUUCAAAAUUUGUCAUCAGGCCUAUUAUAAAAUUUAUACUUAUGAACUUAUUGAUUUAUGUCUGAAAUAGCGUAACGUGGCCGGGUGAUUUUAAGGUUAAAUUCCGUUUUCGUUAUCAAUUCUUUUGGAGCUGCUGUCUUCACAGUAUUCGGUAAGUACUCCAUAUUAUUUGUAUGGCGUAAAGAACUUUAUGAACACUUUGGAUGCUACCUACUUACUAUACGACGCUGACUGUACCUAGAGAGCUUAUACCACAGAAUAAUUAAUAGUACUACCGUACAGAAAGGAAACUUCCUACAAAAACGAAGUUUGACAGCGGUUCAGGGUCGAAUCAUGCUGUCCCUUUCUAAUAUAUGGCACUAUCCCUUUCGGCUAUUUAGGGUUGUCAAAAAUCAAGUGAUUAUCUUAUCUGUGGUCGUGCACGCAAAAGGAAGUCAAGUGGUGCCAACCCUAAUAAUUGCUCGGAGCAAUGCUGAGCCGAGCGGAGCCGAGUUUGACCGAAGUCAGGAGUUUCGCACCCCUGCUUAUACCUACUUACCUACGAAUGACAGUGGUCUCUAUGACAGUUCCUUACAAAGUUUAUUUUGGAUGGGUUUAAUUUAUCUAUAUAUAUAAAACAAAGUCGUGUUUGUUCCAGCGUCCAUAACCCGAGAACGGCUGGACCGAUUUUCAUGGUUUUUGAUUUGUUGGAUUAGUCUCGGCCCAGAAUAGCAGAAUAACUGUUAAAACCAUUGAAAAAAUUGACGAAAACAAAAUAAUGAAAGAAAAAUCAUUCCCAUACAAAAUGUUCCUAGGUAUCUUACCUGUCAAACAUUUGAUGUUCAUCCCGUCGAUACGGUAAAAGCCCCUGCUACACGGCAGCCGACAAGCCUACUAACCGUCUGACCUUGGUCUGUCCUUGGUGUGUGGGUCCGUCUGAGUUGUCUGGCUAGACGGUGGCAAACCACAGUGUGUUCAGAACUCGCGGACGGACAACACGUAUUGCAAGCGCACAAAAUGGCCCCUAACCUUUCAGAAAGUUGGCGUGGCAUUAGUACCUACUCAGUGGCGUAUGGCCCUAAGGGCGGCGUAUGCCACCCCUGGCGGAUUGCAUUUUGUUUUUCUUCCUUCACUUCUGGGGCGGCAAAACUUAUUGGCCGGGGCGCCAAAUUUCAUAUUAACCUACCUACUCAUACUAGUGCAAUGACAAAAAAAUAAGUUUUUGGCAAAAAAAUCAUAUUUGGUACAAGCUUUUAUCGCUGACUGUACUUUUCUUUCUAGAGGCAUCUAAUACUCGUCGAGACAAUUCUAAAAACCCCAAACACAAUUAGGUCGCGUUGUUCUAUCACAGGGUUCCUAUGGCCACCUCCUGUCUCCAUCAUCAGAUCAGCUCUAUGGUACCAUAAUAACGCAUUGUCACCCGACUUAUAUAUGUAUGCAAAUUUUCAGCUCCAUCGGAAACUAGAAAGUGGGUCUAAUUUAACUUGCAAGAUUUGACCCGUAAAAACAUGUUUACAUACUUACAUUAGGUAUAUUGCAAGUUAAUAAAAAGUUUGUAAAAAAAGAAAAGGGUAUAUGAAUGAAACGCUGGCUCAAAAAACGGCAUUUGUUGAGUCAUUUCAACUUAAUGAAUUCGCUGGACUACGCUACGGGGACAUACAUAACUUUCUGAGAAUGAAGAGGAAAGUAUUUGAUGAAUUAUUAGAAAUGCUACUGAGUACCCAUGGCAUGGCUAUUAACCACACGAGCGCACACGGCGCGUCCUUCAAGCGAAAUGGCCUAGUGCGGUCGGCGUCGGGCGGCUACACGGUUCCGGACCGACCGCUCAGACCGCGGUCGCUGGCGCGCGCUCGCAUGCCAAGGGCGUCCGGAGGUCAAACGAAAUUUUGUUGGUAACAACUGUCUACACGGUCCGGGACAGACCAAGGCCACGCGGUUUGGGGGCUUGUCGGCUGCCGUGUAGCAGGGGCUUUCCUCUUACCUCAAAUUAAAGAACGUAUUUAAAAAAGGGUUUCGAACCGACAAGAUAUAUCCACAAUAUUAGGAUUGCGCCGUAUUUGAGAUUUUAAAAUUUGUAAAAUAGUGACAGUAAUGACAACGGAUUGACAUAUUUAUAUUUAUGCAUGCACUAUAGUGAUGAGGCUAACCAUAAGGUUACAUCACGUUUGUCAAAUGUAGAAUGUAGUGAUUAUAAACGAAUUAGUCAAAUCGAUUUUAAUGCCGAUUUUUGCAACUUUGUAUUAUUAAAUAACCUUUCUUUCACAUCGAAUUUCAUUUUAUUGUCUUUUGGGUUUUGUUUUAAUUGUAUCGUUUUUUUUUUAGUCGAUUUUCAUCAACUUACGGAAAUAUCAUUUGAAUCCAUGGUAUAAUAAUAUACUCCGCCUGGUACUCCAUUCCGAGAUUCGCGUAUGACCUAACUGACACGGGCCUACGUCAUCAUGCUGUUUACAGGUUCUCAAACUUUAAAAUGUGGGAGAAUUUUAACCAACGGUGAAAAUUAUUUUAACGGCAUUAAUUUUAAGUUAUUCAUGUAGAAACAUAGUAAAAUAAAACAAAUCUAAUGUAUUAAAUUAAACUUUAUUUAUCUAUACAAGACAAACGUUUGAAAAACUAAUUCACAGUUACACAUUAAUUACCAAGCUUACGACGUGAAAAGUUUGGAAAACACUGCGACUACUGACACUGAGCGAGAAGGAAAUAACAAUUAACACGCGUUCGACAAGGAUGACGGUCAGGGCAUGAAGUUAUCUAGAUCCGAAUUGUCAAAUGUGACAGCGCUAUCCUGUGUUGCCAGUAAUGUAAACAGAAUUACCCGAACGUCUGAAAUUUCUUUCGUGAAUCGGAAGAUAUUGCUAACGAAUAAUUAAAAAUUGUGACGUAGGCCCGUGUCACUCUGGGAAUAGAAGACCAUGUUUUAUUAGACCAUGAUUUGAAUCGAAACGACAGACUUGACCACAGAUGAGAAUUAAUCGAAUAACUUUUUAUUCGACUAAUUAAUCGAAUAAAAAAGUUAAUCGUGAAAUUUAAUCGUCGAUUAAAUUAUUCGCGAUUAAUUUAGUAGACGAUUGAAAUUGAAUUAAUCUGAAUAUUAAUCGACUAAAUUUUCGAUUAAAUCUCGAUUGAAAGUUGACAGGGGGUCAUUUUUGUACGUAAAAAAAAAGAUGGCAACCAAACACUUUGUCAGAAAAGUCAAUCAUGGGUGUAGUUUUAUAGGUUUUAGGGAUUGCCGGUUUCGAAAACGAUAACUGUUUUGGAAUCCAAGAUGUCGACCGUGCACUUUGUCAUAAAAGUCGUCAUGGAUGUCGUUUUAUAUGUUUCAGGGAGUGCCGGUUUUGUAAAUGAUGACUGUUUUGGAAUCCAAGAUGUCUGCCGUGCACUUUGUCAUAAAAGUCAUCAUGGGUGUCGUUUUAUAGGUUUUAGGGAGUGCCGGUUUCGAAAAUAAUGACUAUUUCGGAAUCCGAGAUGUCUACCGUGCACUUGAUCAUAAAAGUCGUCAUGGAUGUCGUUUUAUAGGUUUUAGGAAGUGCAGAAUUCGAAAAUGAUGACUGUUUUGGAAUCCAAAUAUGUCUGACGUGCAGUUUGAUAUAAAAGUCAUCAUGGGUGUCGUUUUAUAGGUUUUAGGGAGUGCCGGUUUCGAAAAUGAUGACUGUUUUGGAAUCCAAGAUGUCUGCCGUGGACUUGUCAUAAAAGUCAUCAUGGUUGUCGUUUUAUAGGUUUUGGAGAGUGCCGGUUUCGAAAAUACUGACUAUUUUGGAAUCCGAGAUGUCUGCCGUGCACUUUGUUAUAAAAGUCGUCAUGGGUGUAGUUUUAUAGGUUUUAGGGAGAGCCGGUUUCGAAAAUAAUGACUCUUUUGGAAUCCAAGAUGUCUGCCGUGCACUUUGACAUAAAAGUCAUAAUGGAUGUCGUUUUAUAGGUUUUAGGGAGUGCAGAAUUCGAAAAUGAUGACUGCUUUGGAAUCCAAGAUGUCUGUCGUGCACUUUGACAUAUAAGUCAUCGUGGAUGUCGUUUUAUAUGUUUUAGGGACUGCAGAAUUCGAAAAU